ACACGCGGCCCCUCCCGCGGGGCACCUGGCGGUAGGGGAGUCUGGGCGCUCCGGAGAGAGCGGGUUAACAAGAGCAGGUGUUAAUGAGGGUGCCUCGCGGCUACGCGCUCUCCGUGCCCCGUGUCACCGCCUUUCCGGUUUCCUCUUGCGCUGGGCUCCACCUGCCCUUUUUGUUCCAGCCGCACUGGCUUCCCGUCAUUUCUUUACCCUUGGAGCUGGCUGCAGAUUAAAUGACCCGUAUUGUCCGGUGUUGACAAAGGUGUGCGGCCUCACCGCCAGCCGCCCCCCAAGCUGCUCCGCACGUGCACUUUGCGGAGCCCAGGAGACCCGCCAAAUCCAGUUGCCGCAAGCCGCCGAGGCUGCUUAGCGCGGACGCACGCCCAGGCCCGCGUGAUCCGGGACGAACCAUCUGUGCCCGCCGAGGGGGGGAUGGCAGCUCAGCUCCGCGCGGAGUCAGGGCCCGGACGCUAGGAGUCCCGAAGCAGCGCGGCCUGGGGUCCCUUCUCGCAGGACGGCCGGGGAGGGGCGGCUUUGCCAGGGCGGGGCUGGAGCUGCGGGCGGGGUCAGCCUUCUCGCAGGUUCCACACUUCCCCACACCCCCCGACGGUGAACUCGGCUGCAAGGCCCGGGGCCCACCGUUCCGGCUCCAAGGUUUCCCACCGGGGCUGGGGCGUGGAGAUCGCGGCGGCCGGAGGUUCCGUGCGGGAGGUGGGGGACGGGGUCGGGGUGUCUGGCGCCCGUUGGGCCCACGCGGUGCGCGCUCGGGGUCGUCCCAGGAGGGACCGGUGGACGCAUCACAGACCUCGCUCGUCCCACCGCCCCCUGGCCUCCGGGACCGCACUUCCCGCGCCGGCUAGCAUGGCGGACAGGAAACUGGUGGUGGUGUUUGGAGCCACAGGUGCUCAGGGAGGCUCAGUGGCCCGGACGCUCCUGGAAGAUGGGACGUUCAGGGUUCGAGUGGUAACACGGGACCCUGGGCAGAAGGCAGCAAAGGAGCUGAGGCUGCAGGGUGCAGAGGUGGUCCGGGGAGACCAGGAUGACGAAGCCAGCAUGGAGCUGGCCCUGAGUGGGGCCCAUGCUGCCUUCAUUGUGACCAACUACUGGGAAAACUGCAGCCAGGAGCAGGAGGUCAAGCAGGGAAAGCUGCUGGCCGAUUUGGCCAAGCGCCUGGGCCUUCACUACGUGGUCUACAGCGGCCUGGAGAACAUCAAGAAGCUGACGGGUGGGAGACUGGCAGCAGGCCACUUUGAUGGCAAAGGGGAGGUAGAGGAAUAUUUCCGGGACAUCGGAGUUCCCAUGACCAGUGUGCGGCUGUCCUGCUAUUUUGAGAAUCUCCUCUCCAACUUCCUGCCCCAGAAAGCCCCCGAUGGAAAGAGCUACUUGCUGAGCUUGCCCAUGGGUGAUGUGCCCAUGGAUGGCAUAUCUGUGACCGACCUGGGUCCCGUGGUGCUCAGCCUGCUGAAGAUGCCGGAAGAAUACGUCAGCCGGAACGUUGGGCUCAGCACCUGCAAGCACACAGCAGAGGAGUACGCCGCCCUGCUCUCCAAGCACACUGGGAAGGCUGUGCGCAAUGCCAAGAUGAACUUACUGGAAAGGACUUGGGUCGGGACUGGGUUGCCCACAGCUGGGGUGACAGAGAUGCUGACAGACCCAACAGACUCCCCUCUGUUUCUAGACGACCCCGGAGGACUAUGAGAAGUAUGGCUUCCCUGGCGCCCGGGACCUGGCCAAUAUGUUCCGUUUCUAUGCCCUGAAACCUGACCGUGACAUUGAACUGACCCUGAGGCUCAACCCCAAGGCCAGGACACUGGACCAGUGGCUGGAGCAGCACAAAGGAGACUUUGCUGGGCUCUGACCCCGCCAUUUCUCAGCCCCGUCUGGGGGCACGGGGAAGUGUCACAGUGAUCCGUUCUUGUGUUACAAAAAAAUUAUUUCUUAAAUAAAGGCCAUUGUUUUCACAGA